UGGAAAUUUUCACAGUCCAUUAAACCCAUUGCCUGCUGUCAACCUUGGAGCAUCGCAAGCUGCAGAAUUACCGAGUCAAAUGGGAUGCCUUGUGCCUGGAUCUGACUUGACAAAAGGAGCCCUGCCAAUUUCACCCCUUCUCUCCCAACCAACAGUGAUGCAAAUCUAAAACAGAAGCCAAACGGCCAACAUGGGGAGUGUUAACAAGGAAACAGUUGAACAAUACUUGGAGAACAACCCACAAUUUGCCAAGGAAUACUUUGACAGGAAGCUCAGGCCAGAAACGAUUGGCGCAAUCUUCAAUGGGACAAAGGUGGGAUUGGAGGGUGGGGCUUCCUUCAAAGACCUGUGCAAGUUGGAAGAGUCUGACAUUGUUUUUGAGCUGGUCAAGGAGCUACAGGAUGACUCCAAUGUCGAGAAGCAGAUGCACAAGGUACUGCAAAGGAUUGUCACUCUGGUCAGUGCAGACAGAGGCAGCUUGUUCAUAUUCAGAUCAAGGAAUGGUAUUGCAGAACUGGCCACAAGACUCUUUAAUGUGACCAGAGACUCCAGUUUUGAGAAUAAUCUUGUGCCUCCCCAAGGCGAGAUUGUUUUCCCUUUGGAUAUCGGGGUAGUGGGAUGGACAGCAAAAACCAAGAAGAUUCAGAAUGUUCCUGACGUUACAAAGGAUGCCCACUUUUCCGAAUUUGUUGAUAAACAGACUGGCUACACAACUGUUAACAUGUUAGCUGCCCCUUUGAUGCAGGGGAAGGAGAUAUUAGCAGUCAUGAUGGUGAUCAACAAAAUUGGUGAACUACAAUUCUCAAAAGAAGACCAAGAGGUUUUUACCAAAUACCUUAGUUUUGCAUCUCUAGCAUUGAAAUACUCACACUUGAGUUACCUCUACAACGUGGAAACUCGACGAUCCCAGAUCCUUCUGUGGUCUGCCAACAAGGUAUUUGAAGAGCUUACAGACAUUGAGCGCCAGUUUCACAAAGCUCUAUAUACAGUUCGCAUUUAUUUAAAUGUCGAAAGAUAUUCAGUUGCUCUUCUGGACAUGACUAAGCAAAAGGAGUUCUUUGAUGAAUGGCCAAUCCAGAUGGGUGAGGUACCUCCUUACAAAGGCCCGAAGACCCCAGAUGGCAGAGAAAUCAACUUUUAUAAGAUAAUUGACUACUUGUUGGUUGGGAAAGAGGAAAUCAAAGUCAUCCCGUCACCUCCAGCGGAUCACUGGUCCCUUGUGAGUGGACUGCCAACCUAUGUUGCUGUGAAUGGCUUUAUCUGCAACAUGAUGAAUGCACCAGCUGAUGAAUACUUCACUUUUCAGAAAGAACCUGUGGAUGAAACUGGCUGGACUAUAAAAAAUGUUUUGUCAUUGCCGAUUGUGAAUAAGAAAGAAGAGAUAGUGGGAAUAGCUACAUUUUACAACAGGAAAGAUGGGAAGCCAUUUGAUGAGUAUGAUGAACAGAUCGCUGAAACCCUGACACAGUUCCUGGGAUGGUCACUCCUGAACACAGACACUUAUGACAAAAUGAGUAAACUAGAAAGCAGGAAAGAUAUUGCGGCAGAGAUGCUAAUGUAUCAUUCUAAGUGCACCGACAAAGAACUUCAGACCAUUUUGAAAACAAAGGAGAAGUUGGACAAAGAUGUUUCAGAUUGUGAACAAAAAGAUAUGUUAAAGAUCUUGAAAGAAGAACUACCUGAGCCAAGUGAUGUUGAGCUCUAUGAAUUCCACUUCAGUGACUUGGAUGUUUCAGAAUUUGACCUAAUCAAGUGCGGAAUUCGGUGCUUCUUCGAAAUAAAUGCAGUCGUAAAGUUCAAGAUACCAGCAGAUGCAUUGACCCGAUGGAUGUACACUGUCAGAAAAGGUUACCGUGAUAUUACCUACCAUAAUUGGCGCCAUGGAUUCAAUGUGGGGCAAACUAUGUUUACACUUCUCAUGACAGGUAAAAUAAAGAAGUACUACACAGAUCUCGAAGCUUUCGCCAUGAUUACGGCAGCAUUUUGUCAUGACAUUGACCACCGAGGCACCAAUAAUUUAUACCAGUUAAAAUCACAAGCACCUCUAGCAAGAUUACAUGGGUCUUCUAUUUUGGAAAGACAUCACCUUGAAUACAGUAAAACGUUACUUCAGGAUGAGAGCAUAAACAUUUUUCAGAACUUGAAUCAACGUCAAUAUGAAACAGUCAUCCAUUUAAUGGAAGUUGCAAUUAUUGCAACUGACUUGGCCUUGUAUUUCAAGAAAAGGACAAUGUUUCAAAAAAUUGUAGACCAUGUUGAAAAAGCAGAGAGUGAAGAAGAAGCCAUAAAGUAUAUUUCUUCUGACCCAACUAAGAAAGAAAUUGUUAUGGCAAUGAUGAUGACAGGAUGUGACUUGUCAGCCAUUACUAAGCCAUGGGAAGUACAAAGCAAGGUUGCACUUAUGGUUGCUAAUGAAUUCUGGGAGCAGGGUGAUCUGGAACGAACAGUUUUACAGCAACAACCUAUACCAAUGAUGGACAGAAAUAAAGCAGAUGAACUCCCCAAGCUACAAGUUGGUUUCAUCGACUUUGUGUGUACCUUUGUGUACAAAGAAUUUUCAAGAUUCCAUAAAGAAAUAAUGCCGAUGUAUGAGGGGCUCCAGAACAAUAGAGUUGAGUGGAAAUUACGAGCUGAUGAAUAUGAUGCAAAGAUGAAGCUGAUUGAAGAACAAAGGAAGGAAGAAGAAGAAAUGGCAGUGAAGAAAGCAGCAAAUGGAGAUGUUGAAGCUGGAGAUGAAGGGAAGGAAGGCAAACGUGCUGGAAAAUCCAGAACAUGUGAAAUGUUUUAAAACUUUGUGAAUGGAUUCGGGCAUAUUAUAAACUGUUAACAAUGAUUCACCAAAAGAUUCAUUGGAUUAAUGUUCACCAAAUGUCUAAACAAUCAUUUUAAAAUAAUUUUGUUCUUGGGUGUACACCACUGGCAAGGCUAGUAUUUAUUGCCCAUCCCUAAAUGCCCUUUAGAAGCUGGUGGUGAACCACCUCAUGAGCACCUGCAGUCAGUGCACUAUAGAUAACACCCAGAGUGUUUGUUUCCCAUACAAGUUUGUACACAUCUAUGGUUUAUUAUUGCCAUUUCAGAGGGCAGUUAAGAGUUAACCACAUCUCUACACAACUGGAAUUGUGUGGUCCAGGCUAGGAGUGGCGAGCAGAUUUUGUCUCAUGAAUGAAUGAUGGCUUUUUAAAAUAAAAGUCCAGUAUCUUCAUGAUCAUUAUGAAUGGAACCACCACUGUACUUUGGUUGAAUUAUUAAUUAAGUACAUUUAAAUCCCCACCCCAAGCCCAGCCACAAUGCUGGGAUUGAACUCAAGCUCUAUUGCAUUAGUCAAGACCUUCAGACUACUAGUAAAAUUAUGAAAAUGCUGCCGUCCCUUAACAAGCUCAUGAACAGUCUGCAGAUAAACCAAUACUCCACCAGUUGCAUUAUAAAAUCAAUGCAAUGAGUUUCCAAGUUUAUCCUUUAUAGUCAGGGAGAUGUACAGCACAGAAACAGACCCUGUGGUCCAAUUCGUCCAUGCCGACCAGAUAUCCUACAUAAAUCUAGUCCCAUUUGCCAGCAUUUGGCCCAUAUGCUCUAAAUCCUGCCUAUUCAUAUAGCCACGCAGAUGCCUUUUAAAUGCUGCAAUAGUACCAGCUUCCACCACUUCCCCUGGCAGUUUAUUCCAUACACAUACCACUUUCUGCAUGAAAAUGUUGCCUUUUAGGAUCCUUUUAAAUCUUUCCCCGCUCACCUUAAACCUAUACCCUGUAAUUUUGGACUCCUCUACCCUGGGGAAAAGACCUUGACUUUUCACCCUAUCCAUGCCCCUCAUGAUUUUAUACUCCUCUUUAUUUAAGAAAAGGCACACAUUAAAUUUUAUGAAAAAUUGGCUGUUAUGGAUAGUUAAAUAGGAAGUGUCACCUUGAAGCAGAAUAAAAUUAUAGUUGAAUUGAAAAGUUUUGUGUUGCACAUUGGCUUGGUAUUUCUAUGCUUGAACACAGAAUGCUCAAUGUUCAUGACAAAAUGCACAAAAAGACCUAAGAAUAAAUAAAGGGGAACUUAUUGCAUUCAAUAUAAAUUUUUAGAAAUGGUAAUUGAGCAAUUUAAAAGAGACAAACCUCUGAGAUCUGAUAGCCUUAUUCAGGGUACUAAAAUAAAUGGUUGUAGAUAUUACAAAUGCAUUAGACAUAAUUUCUAAAACUCUCUAGAUUUGACAAUUUUGCUUUUGGAUUGGAGAAUUACAAAUGUCAUUUUAUUUUUAAAAAGAUGAGGGAGGAACCAUGAAACUACAGACCUGCUGAGUCAGUGUUAAUUUGGUAAAGUUACUGGAAACUAUAAUCAGUAGAAAAAAGGUGAGAAUGAGCUAAUCUGCAUUGGAAUGAGUGAGUAGGUGAGGAGUAAGUCACAUUUAAUUGGAUCAAUUUUUAAGACAUCUGUAAUAUGACAGAAAGGAAAUGGACUUUGAUAUUGUUUAUGCAGAUUGGCAUAAGUUAUUUGAUAAAGUUCUAUAUAAAGGCUUUUUGCAAAAAUAAAACUCAGCAAUUGGAGGUAAUUUUGCCCUGAGUUGGUGAACUGGAGAAAGAGGGCAGGGAUCGGAGAUGAAAAGAAUGCAUCUUGUUUGGCAGGUAAGUAGUGUUCCCCGGUGAUCUUGCAUAUUCAUGUUUGCUGAUGAACUACUUUAAGAGAGACAGUAAGUAGAUGAGAGCUGAACAGAACGAAGGGGUAAUAUCAAACUUGAGUAGUGGUAAAACAAUGUCAGAGUGGGGAAGCCUGAAAAUACUCUUCAGCAAAAGCAAAUUGGAACAUCAUCUCCAUGGUGAAAGACUGUUGAGGAGUAAACAUGACUCAAUCUGUAAAAAUCAUUGGAUAUGUUGUACCUACAUACUACCAAUGAAAUGUUUGUCUUCUUUGGAAAGUUGGAAAACAAAGGGAAUUAAACUUUGGUUUAGUUCAGCAGAACUUUAGUCAGACCUGGUCUAGAGUACUGUUCAAUUUUGGGCACCACAUCUUAGGCCUGGAGUGAGUACAGUGCAAGAACAGCAGAAUACCAUCUGAGCUUAAAGGGUUAAAUUAUAAGGACAUGUUGCACAAACUUAGUGGUGGAAUCCAGAACACAGGACCAGAUCAGUGCUAAGCCAGUUAUAAAUGAAAUCAGGAAACACUUCAAACAAAGCAAAGUGAAAACCUGGAUAUUCUCUAUGAAAAGCCUGCUGAGGCUGGUAGAAUUAAACUUUUCACAACUGAGAUUUGUGUUAGCUAAUAAUGUUAAGGAAAAUAGAUCAAAGUGUGAUUAUAUGGGGAAGUCUGACUGAAUGGUGGCACAAGCUUUAGGGAAGGAGAUUUAGUUGUGCUCCUAAAUAAAAUUGGUGCUGGAAAUAGUAGAACAAUCCACAACAAAGUUUAAAAAUCGCAAAGCAAAUAUUUUGAACUCUGUCACCUGUCAACAUUUUCUGAACAUUUAUAUCAUAAUCCUUUGUGUUUCAAAUAAAUCACAAUAAAUGUAUUGGGUAUUGUCUCCCAAAUCUAAACUGGCCAGCACUUUUCUCUAAUUAUGCCAGUUUUCUACGUUGAGGGCCAUGUAUCAUCAGCAGUUAUGGCUUCCAAAUAUCUUGAUCAAAGUGACUCUGCAUAUUUUACUACACAAUUAGAUGCAUUUCUCUUCUCUUUAAGGAAACAUAUAUCAUUGAAAAUUGACAUUUAUUGUGCAUAUGUUCAAAAGCUGACCUGUUGAACAAAUAACGUACUUUUACGUAGAGUAAAUGAUGUAAAAGGAGAUCUUAUAUUCAGGAGAAGAUGCAUUGCCAAUUUUGUGACUAUAUAGGCAUAUUUGCAUUAUCUGAGAUAAGGAUAUAUCUGUAAAGUGUAGCCCUAAGAUGUUACCAAUAUUAAUUAUUACACAGCAUUUGCAUUCUACUUACAAAGUUGUAUUGUGCACACAUUGCUCAUAUUGAAGAUAUUUAUUAAAUGAUCAUCUUUGGAACCUGA